AUGCCCUUUCCUAAGGUGAGUAUUGUGUUUUGCAUCAAAUGUAAAUGGAAUCUGAGGAGUUCAUGGUAUAUGCAAGAGCUUUUACAGACUUUUGGAGAUCAAUUAGGUGAAGUUUCAUUGAUUCCCGGGCCUCAAGGUCAGUUUAAGAUACUGGGACAAGAGAAGGAAGAUGGUGAGGAAAUUAUCAUUUGGGACAGAAGCGUAGAAGGUGGAUUUCCAGAUAGCAAAUGCUUGAAACAGAGAGUUAAGGCUCUUUUAUUCCACGAUGAAGUUUCCAUCGGUAAGCACAAUGAGAAGAAUUCCAAGGUCGGUUCGAGUCAGUCUGAACUUCUAAGGUCAAACGAGACAUGCGGAAGCGAUUGCAAGGACUGUUAA